UGUUUUCAACUUCAGUAUUAUAAUUACUAAUUAUAAUACUAAUUACUAUACUAAGUGCUAAUAAUGCAUUCCUGUGAGGUAAAUGCUGACAGUAAGGUUAAUGUUGCAUAUGUCUCUUGUUAUCUUCUUGUUGAUCACAUCAGGUCUUUAAAAGCAUUACUGGAUUAUGAGGAUGAAACCCUAGAACAGUUGGAGCAAGAUUUCACUGUGAAAGGACAUGAGCUCAUUCCAAACGGGGGAGAGGUCUUAGUGACCCAAGGCAACAGGCAAACAUUUGUUGAUCUGUACGUGGACUUUGUGUUUAACAAAUCCGUGGAACGACAGUUUGAGGCCUUUGCAGAAGGCUUUGGUCGAGCCUGCCCUGCCCAGACAUGGAAGAUCUUCCAUCCUGAUGAGUUAAGGAUGCUCAUCUUUGGAGAGGCAGAGUAUGAGUGGGAGGAUCUCAGGAAGAUUGCUGAGUAUGAGGGAUGUGAGAGUGCAGAUAUGUUGAUUCAGAAUUUCUGGAGAGUUCUGUUUGAGCUGUCGAAAGAGGACAAGUUGAAAUUUCUGACCUUCAUCUACGGAACUUACCGGCUUCCUUUUGGAGGGCUGGCCAAGCGCCAACUGAAAAUUGUGAGGCUGAACAUGGACAGCGCUGACGAAUACUUCCCCAGGGCCAACAUCUGUUAUGGCACUUUACAGCUUCCCAAUUACAGUAGCAUCGACAUAUUACGCGACAAGCUUACUCAUGCUAUUAUCUACUGUGAUGUGAUUGGAAUGGUUUAGCUCUAAAAGUUCCUGUCUGUUAGUUAUGCACAGUUUUACUGUAAUACUACUGCAAUACUUCAACCCACGGGGGGCUGUAGCAAAAACAGAAAACAGAAAACACAGACACAGCAAAAACAGAAAACAGAUAGAUAGGGGCUCCAUAGUCAUGUACUUGUAGUGCUAGUUUUUGUUUACCUCCUUGUGGAUGAAGUAGAAGCAUCACUCUUGUUCUGCCAUUUUGAGUAGCAUUUUUUGUACAUAUGUGUCUUGUUAGUAUUUAUGUCAUUGGCUACCAAGUUUGCCAUUAUACAGAUAUUUACAACCCCAAAUCAGAGAAAGUUGGGACAGUAUGUUAAAUAAAAAUUCAAACUGAAAACAGUGAUUUGUAAAUUAUCUUUGAUUCUAUUUGCAUUUUCCAUACCGUCCCAACAUUUUCUAAUUUGGGGUUGUAGAACAUUAUGUGACUAGAUAGUGUUUGUUAUGUUAGAAUAUGUUUGUAGGCUAAAAGGUUUGCAUUAUGCCAAACAUAGAGUUGAGAGUCUACACUGAAAGUGAAAAAAUCUGUGGAUGUAAAAGAAUAAAAGUUUAAAUUUCAAUUUACGACAUUUCUUAAGAGACUUGGCAAACCAUCUUCAGGUUUCAGAACUGUAAACAAAUUAGUUGUAGGCAGAUAUUUGUUUCACAAACACCAAUAAAGUCAUCGGAAUGGGGGAUUUAAUUGAUCAUAAUUAUAUUUAGAAUUAUACUUGACUAUCUGGUUAAUACAAUAGUUAGCGUUUUCUCAGAAGGCUCAACUUACCCUAUCAGCUGGAUCAAUUUAACAAUGUUGAGCCACAACACCCCUUUUUUGGAGGACUCCGUAUUUGUUGUCUGUUUGAGUUAGGCACACUGCUACGGUUUAAAUUGAUGGCACACAUCCCGAACUUGUGUUGUAUGCAUUAGUUUUAUUUCUGCCUCAUAUUCCCUUGGCUAUAGGUCAAUUCAAUAAAAUAAAAUAAAAGUUAAUCUUA